GCAGGGAAAGCCUGGGGAGGGUUUCGCUCCGCGUGGCUAGGGUUGAUAGGGUUUAGGGCUGCUCCCGCCGGUGCCGCUGCCUAUUUAGUGGGGCGUGGUGGGCAGCUGGACCACGCUGAUGGCUGCCUGGGCGGGAGAGGCGCGGGAUGCACACAUGUUCCCGGCGAGCGUGCCCCAUUCCUGCCCGCAUCCCCACCCGCAAGUCGACAAGGCCCAAGAAGGUUGGCGGUUCCGUGCCGGGGGUUACCGGCCCGCGUCCCCUUCCUUCUUUCCCGGCUGCGGGCAGCUCACCGCCGCCGAGUACUUCGACAGCUACCGUCGGGCGCAGCUCAUGGCCCUGUUGUCGCGGGUGGGUCCCCGGCCGGUCUGCAGCCGCGAUGCUGCGGUGCAGGUGAACCCGCGCCGCGACGCCUCGGUGCAGUGCUCGCUCGGGCGCCGCACGCUGCAGCUUGGACAGCGCCGACCUAGCCCCGAGGUCCGGUCUGGUUCCCGCCAACCCUGCAGCCCCGCCGGCGCCCGGAGGUCCCCACGCUCCUGGCGCACUGUCGCCGUGUACUCGCCGGUGGCCUUCUGUGGCCUCUCCUCCUCGAUGGAGGUCGCGGCGGGCGAGCAGAAGCCCAGCGACGGAAAGCAGAGGCCGGCACCGGCGGAGACCCGGGAACCAGAGCUGGGAAAGGGAGAGGUGGCGGUGAGAAAAGCAGUCCCCAAGCCGUGCUCCAAGGAGGGCGACGAUGGGCAGGCCGAGCAGGAGCAGCCACUGCGGGAGGACCCGGACAGUAGGGAGACCUCGCAGCCUGAGCCCGGGAAUCAGGAGCUGCGUCCUGCCGCAGAGCCGGCUCAGGACCCUGGUGACCCGGCCACCGUGAGAGACGGGGCCUCCCCGCAGAGCACCGAGCAAGACAAGGAGCGCCUGCGCUUCCAGUUCUUAGAGCAGAAGUAUGGCUACUACCACUGCAAGGACUGCAAUAUCCGGUGGGAGAGUGCCUAUGUGUGGUGCGUGCAGGGCACCAGCAAGGUGUACUUCAAACAGUUCUGCCGAGUGUGCCAGAAAUCCUACAACCCGUACCGAGUGGAGGAUAUCACCUGUCAAAGUUGUAAAAGAACUAGAUGCGCCUGCCCAGUCAGACUUCGCCACGUGGACCCUAAACGCCCCCAUCGUCAAGACUUGUGUGGGAGAUGCAAGGACAAACGGCUGUCCUGCGAUAGCACCUUCAGCUUCAAGUACAUCAUUUAGUGAAAGCCAAAAAUGGUUCUGCUAGCUGGGGCUAAUGGAGCGGGCGAGAGAGCUUUCUCCCAGGCCCUGUCUCCUCUCCGCUUUUCCCUUCUCAAAAUAUUUCAUGAAAG